AUGGCUGCGGCAAGGCUGCCUGCGCCGGGCUCGUCAAGACACUCGGCACAGUCGACUGCAGAUGCAGAGCCAGAUGAAAUCAUUGGUGACUUCAGGAGAGGGAAAGAAAUUGGCAAAGGUAGCUUCGCAACGGUGUAUCUUGCCCAGCAUAGAAAGAAGAAAUCAUACGCUGCCGUUAAAGCCGUCAUGAUGUCGAAGCUUACGAAGAAGCUGAAGGAGAAUCUCGAUUCCGAGAUCAAGAUCCUGAAGAGUCUGCAGCAUCCGCACAUUGUUGCAAUGUUCUCCUACUUGGAAACGCCGUCCUACAUCUACCUGACCAUGGAGUAUUGCCAACUGUCCGAUCUAUCGCAAUUUAUGAAGAAGCGGCAUACACUGGCAACCCUCCCAGAAACUGCCGACAUUUUCAAGCGCUACCCAAACCCGCCGGCUGGAGGUCUCAACGAGGUUCUCUCACGGCACUUCUUGAAGCAGAUCGCAAGCGCGCUCUUGUACCUUCGGGAUAGGAACCUUAUCCAUCGUGACAUCAAGCCCCAGAACCUCCUACUCAACCCCGCGCCUUCUUACAUGGCCAAGCAGAGACCAGAGGACGUGCCACUAGCCGCCAGUGAACAUUCGCUGGUACCUGCUGUUGGGGUCGAGACCCUGCCUAUGCUCAAGAUCGCUGACUUCGGCUUCGCACGACAUCUGCCUUCCACGUCCAUGGCCGAGACACUCUGCGGCUCGCCACUCUACAUGGCGCCGGAGAUUUUGCGUUACGAGAAAUAUGACGCGCGUGCAGAUCUGUGGUCUACCGGUACCGUACUACACGAAAUGGUCGUCGGCAAGCCACCGUUCAGGGCGCAAAACCAUGUGGACUUGCUUAGGAAGAUUGAGAAGGCUGAGGAUCAAAUCAUAUUCGACAACAAGACUAUGACUAUCAGUAGGGCGAUGAAGGAUGUGAUUCGCAAAUUGCUCAAGAAAAGUCCGCUCGACCGUGUCUCGUACGAAGACUUCUUCGCGGACCCGGUAGUCACUGGCGAGAUACCCGGCCUUGUACCUGAAGAUCAACCGCAGUCUGCCAGGAGACCUUCACCAGAUGAGCUUAGUCGCCGCAUGGCCAAGCAAGCAAUAGACGCCGCACCAACAACUCAACCGAGCCCUGAGCCGCACAUGCAACCAAACAAGUCCCGGGAGGAAAUGCAACCCACAAUCUCCCCUAAAGCCUCGGACCAGGACAUGGUGCCUGUUCAAGGUGAGGCCAUGGAGCGCCGACGAUCUUCGCCUGGACGACCCGAAGGCGUACCUGUCCAAAGACAGCCAAGCCAGCGACAAAGACGACCUAGCAUAAUCGCCCAUGCCACUGCGCCAGCCCGAGAAGCAUUAUAUGCGGGUCAGAUUACUAACAUACCGGCACCAAAAGUCGAGCGGCGCCCAAGCCGAUCGUCACCUUUAUCUGGGCCGCCCAUGGUCCGCGAGCCCUCCGUCCCGCACGAAGCUUCUCCCAAAGACAAAGCCACUGUUCGAGAAGCUAGAGAGAAGACAGCGCAAGACGUCGCAUUCGAGAAGGAGUACGUCGUGAUCGAGAAGCGUGCUGUCGAAGUCAAUGCAUUCGCCGACGAGCUACAGGCAAACGCUCAAGGUCACGGACUGCCCUAUCAUCAUGGUAUGAUGACAAGGCGUGCUACCACACAAGGCCAACCCACUUCAACUACUGGCGCCCAACCGUCAAGCCCUUCGCGCGCGAUGCAAACGAUCACUGGCAGAGCCCCUGCGAUGCAUCAGAGAGCAGGGUCGUUCGAACGACGAUAUUAUGCGAGCCCACCAUCCACACAGACCAUGCUCGGCAAAGCGCUGAAAGCAGCAAACGAACGUUUGGGUGGCAUGGGCCUGCCACAACCGUUUACCACAGGCCUGUCACCUCCACGCUACAGUGCAUUCCCCGCAUACCCUACACCACAAAGCGCCCUGCUCGUUGGCGAUGCAAUUGACUCGAAAUCGCCGACGGAUGAGGACACUAAGAUUGUUCGCAUACUAGAGGAGGCUGCUCAGAGGAGCGACGUCAUAUACGGCUUUGCCGAAGUCAAGUACAAGCAACUGGUGCCAGCAACGCCAUUGGCAGCUGAUACACUUGGUAUACAGCAGAUUGGGGCUGCCAGGCGGGCGGCAGAUGCGUCCAGCGAUGACGAGGAUAAAGAUAUGACGACUGCGGCGAUCGUGGGUGUGGCAGAAGAAGCACUAGUCCUAUACGUGAAGACACUGGCCAUUCUAGCGAAGACGAUCGACCUCGCGGGAUAUUGGUGGACGAAGCAGAUCCGAAGCGAGGCUCCUACAUCAGAUCCUUCUCCGCGGCCGAGCAACGCCAACGUCGCUGAGGCCACCAAGCGCAUGAAUAACGUGGUGCAGUGGACUCGCAACCGCUUCAACGAGUGCUUAGAAAAGUCCGAGGUGGUUGGCCGCAGGCUCACCUCAGCUCAGAAGCAGCUUCCUGCAGAGCACCCAGGGCAUCCCAGCAAUCAUGCCUCAAGUUCGGCGACCUCAGGAGGCGCAGUGGUGGCCUCUGCAGAGACGAUACAGAUCACAAGUGGCAUCACCGCGGAGCGACUCAUGUUUGAGCGAGCUGUGGAGAUGAGUAGGGCUGCCGCCGUCAGCGAGCUGGUCAACGAGGACAUCAAGGACUGCGAAAUCGGAUAUGCUACUGCGAUCUACUUGCUCGAAGCUGUGUUGGAAGAAGACGAUGAGCCUCUGAUGCGCAAACCGAGCGCCAAAAGAGACAGGCCUGCCGACGAACCCGUGCCGGGUCUUGGAAAGGAGGACAGGCAGACGGUUGUCAAGCGUAAGUGCCUGAAUCGCUUCGACAGCGGUCCAGAAUGUGUACUGACCAUGCGGAUAGUCAUCGAUGCUGCGCGCGCUCGUCUAGGCGCCUUGCGCAAAAAGAUGCAUGCCGCACUCCAGGCGACAAAGCGGUCAUCGACAAGUGGUAAUAUGACACCGAAGGUUACUAGCAACCUUUCGCCUACCACAACACCAGUUGUGACGGACACACCACCACGAUAG